AUGGACGAUCAUGACCCCUUGAAUGACACGAUAGACCGUCCUACGAAGCGACCGCGCCUUUACUUCACCCCGGACUUGCCAGGAGAGGCCGAAGAAGUGCUAGAGCAGUGGGAUCUACAAGCAGCGCGCGCCCAGAAUGACUUGCGCUUGAAAUCGAUCUUCGAGGGAAUCUUCGCAAAAUACGGCAAUGAUUUUUCAGAAGUGGGCGAUGAGAUUGACUUGGAAACUGGGGAGAUUGUGGUCAAUAAUGGUCACUUGCAGGGCAUGCACGAGGAGACCGAUAUUGGGAACAAAGAAAAACCCUGGGAAACAGACCCCUUUGGCUCAGACGACGAGGCGCAUGCUGAAGACGAGGAUCUAGUCGAGUCCCACGAUGUUGCUUCAGGGUGUAGCCCCCGAAACGAGCCAUUGGACUUUGGCACGGACGGCGAUGCAAGUGCUGCCCUUUGUGACUCUGUGCUGGCGUCCUCAGGACCUGGACCUGGGUCUGGAAUUCCAGCAUCCAGUCCGUCGGGGCUGAAAGAAAAACCUUCAUCAGCACUGCACCACAUCGAGAAGGACCCCGGCCCAAGAGACCCUCUCUGGCAAGCCCCUGACCUCCCACCGCUAUUCGCGACGCCCAAGGUCGAUAAGCGACACACCAUCGUAACACCUCAGCUCCCAAACAUCCCCCGACAACCCUCCCCACCAGGCUCCGGGUCACUAUGGACAGUUCCGCGAAGACGUCUACCACGAUCCAGUCAGGAUGGGAAAGCCAUAGCGACCCAAACCCCGAGCAAACGCCGGCCUCGGGCGAAGCGAAAGCACCAGUCAAGCCCCGUGGCGCGCGACUGGUCUUUUGCCAAUGUUGCUGACAGUGACGAAUCGGACGACCCGCUUCAGGAAGAGUGGCCAUCGUCACCUUUACCUUUUCCACGCCAGAUCAAAACCUCGAGCAAACGAGCUUUCGACAGUCAUAUUAAGCCAGUCGACGAAAAUACUCACGCAGAAUUAUUAAUUACUAGUCGGGGUGAUACCAGCCAUCAAUCACCUCCCCAAGCGGAUCCGUCUGUGCACGGCCAAUCGGGUACCCAGCCUGACUGGGAUGAUCAGGGCAACCACUCGGAACAAAGCCAUAUAUCGAGCGCUGUGGCCGUCGAAUAUAAUAAUUCACAAAGCGAUUUACCUUCACCGGUAUCGCCUCACUCCCAAGCCGCCGCUCCCUCGCCAUUAAAAUACUCGCCGACUAAGGCCAGUGCUAAAUUCUCGCUUGACGAAAUCAAGCUGAUAGUCCGCAUGCGAUAUGCACAAGGAAGAACUUGGAAAGAAGUUCUGGAUGCCCUACCGGGUCACACAUUGUCACAGAUCUAUCAGUGGAAUCAGGUUCACUGGAGUGAUCGCCGUGCGUGUCCACCCGAACUUUCAGCUCCCUGGUCACAGGCUGAGCUGAAGACCCUGGACUCAUUGGCAGAUCAAUCAGGGCUCACUUGGGUUGAGAUCAUGACCCAGCUAUCGGAACGCUCCCAGGCAGAGGUCGAGUGUGAACUACUCCGCCGUUGGGUAGGGAAUGAAAUUUGGAAGGGUGAGCAACGCGCUGUAGUGGCGACUACUGCUCCUGAUCCCGAAUCUUCUGUAUCUGUACAAUAUGAGACGGAGAAUAAGGUAAUCAUGCUUGAUUCAGGUGACGAAGAGGAGAGCGGGUCUGAGACCUCCACGGCGGCCGCUGAAGAGUCUAUGUUUGAGGAAUCUACAACCGUGGAAGAGUAUGAUGUUGAUCUACCUUCUCCACGCGUGCACCGCCAACCUGAAUUCGAGGAUCUAAUGGACAGUGAAGAUGAUCAUAAUGGGAAUGGAGAUGACGAGGUCAUGCUCGUCAGUGGGGCGUCUUCACCUUCCAAGCUGUCUGCGAUUCAUCUGGAAAGCCCAGUGCCGAGUCGUACAGGUCGUUACGACUCGGCAACCCCCAAGAAGGCACCAGUCAAAUUCCGUAUUUUGUUAUGA